GGUCGGCCCGGAAGAUGAAACCCAACUUUGAAAGCUCAACGUUCUGACUGUAAAUGGCGUCGGUCGGUGCAUGCGGCGGGGCUCUGAGCGCCCUGUCCUUGCUCAACUUCGCCUUUGUUUUUAUAUCUGGCGUUGAUUUUAUUGGGUUCAUUUCAUUCAGAGCUAUCUAUCACAACAUAACUGGUGAGACGACUCUGUGCCGAGACUCCGUGGCCUGGUCGACAGCGCUGCAGGAUGGCGUGGUCCUUAAAGCUCUCAUGGUGGACCUGGGACUUCUGGUUCUGUUCAUCGGCCAGCAUUGCGUGCUUUCAUAUGCACCUAUUAAAGAGGCCUGCAAGUUAUUUCUGGGGGACAUGUACAGAAGUGUUUCCUGCUUCAGCACAGCUCUGGUUUUGCAGAUUCUGAUAUAUUACUGGCAGCCUUUGACUGGUGCACCGUGUUUGUGGGCGGUUCGUCAAGCGCCCUGGAGCGUCUGGUUCCCUCUGGUGUGUUUCACCGUGCACUUCAUGUGUUGGGCGAUGAUCUGCAGCUCCCUCAUCAUAUUUGACUUCAUAGAACUGCUGGGCUUGAAACAGGUGUACAAGUUUCUUGGUUUUGGGGAUCUUCUGCCCGUCAAGUCAGCAGGAGCAGAACGUCUCUUGUCUCAUGUCGGCCUCCCAGUCUUCCUGGAGAUGUGUGUGGUUCUGUGGCUGCUGCCGGCUUUAUCCCUGGACAGGUUUUUGCUGGCGCUGACGCUGACAGCCUACCAGUCGCUGGCACAUUCUCUGGACAAACAGGAUUUAGACUUCCUCUCUGACCUGCUUAAGGGCAAGAUGGAGCUGUUUGCCGAGCUCCACUGAAUCACCUCAACCACUCGUGAAGUGAUCUGCUGCAGACUUUCCAAGCCUUUUAUUCUCAAGGACUGCUUUUUGUUUCCCUCUGCGCUGGUGCUGUCUUCAGUGUUUGUUGUUGCUUUAGAUCUCAUUUUGUCUGAGACAAGUAGUGUGUUUUACAUUGACCUUGUAUUUUUACAACCUUCAGUGGAGCUUCAUGAUCUUCAGUCUGAUAAAAAAAAAUGUUGGACACUAAAUGAGUGUCUGAGGAUGGGUUUUAUCUAGACAAUUUGUAUGUGUUUGAAUCUUCAUCUUUGUUGGGAGCUUUUGUAUAAACAUUGUCAUUAAACAAUUUCCCCACCAAAUACUCAAUGGAUAUCUGAAGAUGCUUGAACUUCAUACGAAACAGUUUCUAGAAUGUAACUCACAGAGUAGCAAACCUACAUUAUUGUGAAACCAUAUUUGCUGAAGUGAUCUGAUCACAAAUAUUUUCCUUGUCCUUUGCGAAAAAGUGCAUGGAUAAGAGUGGAUUCAAGACAAAACACUUAAAACGCUGUAGUAAAGUUUGCUGGAUACAAACCUCAAAGUAACAACGCAAAUGUACUGCAGUGUUCUGCUUUAUGAGCUGCAUGUUUGGUGUUCUUAAGCGGUGUUGCAGAACAAGCACUACAGUGUAGUGUGUUGUCAUUAUGCUGUGACAACUU